GCGUAGUCAGUAGUAGUAGAAAACAUCUCGAACCAUGCGUACCAGACCAGUGCUUCUCUUGUGCGUCUGCCUUGCUGUAGUCCAACACAGAGCGGUUACCGGCACUGCAAGUGUGCUUACACAUGGUGAUAUACAUGUAGCUUCAGCUACAAGUUGUACGGAGAGGCUAGCAAACGUCAGCGAUGUUACCGGGGUCGCUGUCGAUUGCUCACGGGGAAAUUUCUCAGCCGUACCGACCAAUAUCUCGUCGCUCUCCGUGGUUUUGGAUCUGAAGCACAACCGGCUGCGCUCCGUCAACCGGGACAGUUUCAACGGUCUCGUCAGUCUAAAGGUACUGAAUUUAUCUUACAACCAGAUAAGCACAAUCGAGCACGGUUCUUUUACGGAUCUGUCUGAACUUUCCGAACUGUACCUUGACCACAACGGCAUAUCGUUGACAGCGAAGAACAUUUUCAAGGGGUUGUCUCGGUUAGAAAUCAUUGAUUUGUCUUCCAAUCGUAUAGCCCAACUUGGAGACUCUGCUUUCAAUGGAGUUGGCGCUACCUUGAAACAACUUGGGCUAGGGAACAAUUACCUCGGCAGAUUCUUUUCCUUCAAAAAAUCCUACCGAGCAUUUAAACAACUUGCAAAUCUCACACACCUUGACCUAAGUAACAAUGGGAUUUAUGACUUUCGCUCAGAUGUCUUUCGAUUUCAGUCAAAUGUCCGGUCGUUGAAUUUAGUAGGAAAUGCUCUUCGUGACAGUAGCCUUUUUAUCGAAGUACAUAAUGACACGGACCCUAGUGAGCUUAAAUAUUUGCACCGGGCAUCGGUAUUUCACAGUUUACCAAGUCUGAAAUCUGUAAAACUAAGCCACAAUAGGCUUACACGAUGUUGUGAGGCAUUCAAUGGACUAAACGACUUAAAAUAUGUAGACCUCCAGUCCAAUGCUAUAUCGUAUCUUGAACCUGAAAACAUAACAAAGGUCUUGCCGAAUUUGAAUGAGUUCUAUUUGAGGGGAAACCCCUUUGAUUGUAGCUGCAGGGCUGCGACAUUCUUUCGAUGGGUCGAUGACUCACCUGUUAUUUCGGACUAUUUGAACUGGACUUGUCAACAACCAGAGUCGGUGAUAGGGGAAAAAUUCAACGAAUUAGAGUUUCGUGAAUGCGUGCAAGAAUCAUAUGCAUAUAAAUGGUAUCUCGUUGUUAUUUGCCUUGUUAUCCUAACUGUGAUAGUGGGUAUUGUUGUCUUGAAAUGGCACUGGCAUGUAAGAUACAAGUUCCGACAUUUUUUCAAAGAUGAUGACAUGAACAUUGAACUUGAAGAACGUAAAUAUGAUGCUUUCGUCAGCUACAGUUCACAUGACAGUGACCGGGUUAUCCGUUCACUGGUGCCACAUCUAGAUUCGCUUCAGGUUAAGUCUUGCAUCGCUGAGCGUGAUUUCAUUGCUGGUAUACCAAUAGCAGAAAACAUUGUAGCCAGCAUCGAACAGAGUAGACAAGUUAUCCUUGUUAUCUCGAGAAAUUUCCUCAAAAGUGAUUGGUGCAAGUACGAACUCCAAAUGGCCGAGUAUAAACAUUUCACCACCGGGGAGAAGUAUGUGAUCCCGAUAUUACUAGAGGAAAUACCCAUAGAAAUGAUGCCAAAGAGUUUGCGGUAUUUGCUAGCUACAAAAACGUACCUCGAAUGGAAAGAUGGAGAAAAAGAAGAAGGCCUGUUCUGGCGUAGGCUUGGCAAAGCGUUAAAGGCGAACAAAUCCCGAUCACAAAGACAGGAGCAAAUUCCUAUCAAGCAGACAGGAGACAUUGAGGUUGACGUCGUCGCCAGAUCAUCUCUAUCUCCGAUAACAUCACCAACGCAUCGUUCUGACACCGACGAUGACGUCGACGUUGAGCCUGAGAAACAAGGGGACCAUGAAACGUGCGUUAAGCUGGAUAACUCUCUUAAAGAAACAUGUACUGACGACCAAGCAAUAGACAUCACAGCUAAGGGUCCCCACAUUGACGACGACCCAUCCUCCGAAUGCCAGACUGUCUGUUCCGACGUCUACACAGAGAAUCCAGUAGUUGAAGACGUCAAACUGAUGACCAAAGCAAGAAGGAGAGAUCUCUCAACGUUUUUCGCAGGCAUAGUUGAAAAAGGUCGCCACGUAUUUUUCACUACGUUGUUUCGUUUCAAGUACACCAAAACGUCGUCUUUCCAUCAUAAAGCGCCACCAAUGAGCGAUUCGGAAGCUACAGCAGAGCCGUUCUUGCCAAAAGUUGUCCAGGAAUCAUACACCGAAGAACAUGCUCACAUAGCGUGUUGUCAACAAGAGCCAAUCUACCAAAACUCGUGGUUUCUCUACCACGCUACAAGGAUACGAACCAAGGAACCACUACCACCUGUUCCAGUCGAGCAAGAUGACACCUCUCUCAGCAUCUCAGAGCCACAGACGACCGUAGUGCACAUGGCCGCCAUUGAACAGUACCAGUCUCCGAUGCCAGUCUAUGAAGAAAUACCUUGCCAUGGGUAUGAAAGAAGCCUUGUACCGUACGGAGAAAAUUUAAAAGAACUCCAAGCGGUGCAACAGCAGCCACGCCUGAACGUAGUUACCUCGUCCCUGGCCACUGGCAUCUUCGACUCGGAAGGGGGUCAUCUGGUCAUCGAAGGCACGGGCGUUAGGCUCUUCAUUCCCCCGGGCGCGAUCAAGGAUGGCACAGAGCAACAAGUCACCAUCUCCAUCAGUUCGGACGAGUGUGACAAGCCGACUCUGGCGGAGGGACAGGCUAGGAUAAGCCCGGUGAUCAGGUGCAGCCCGCACGGCAUCACCUUCCAGAAAAGCGUGGCUCUAUCCUUCCCCCACACAGGAGAAACAUCCAAAGGCAAAGUCAUACAUCCUCUCAUAACAAAUACAGACAGAGGCCAAGAGGCUGGAUACGAGGACAUGAGGAAAGACGACGGUGCUCGUGCCAUAGUUAGGAAGUCAGACUGCGUGGUGUUCCUCGAUCAUUUCACGGGCGUCACACUCGUGGAGAAGAGUCCGUGUCCUGAUGAGGGUGCAAAGGGGGGCAGCGGGAGUGAUGACAGCACCGACAAGCCUCUGUACGCCAUCCCCUUUUGGAGCCUCACCUCCAGCGGUGACGUUGUUGUGCGUGUGAGGCUGUGUCAGAAGAGAGAUGACGCUAAACAGACUGCCUACGGGGAUGAGCAGGCCUGUGGAGGCAGACCGUGUGACGGACCUCCCGUAACUCUGUACGUGCAGGUGAGGAAUGGCACCAAGGCUCGCGUACAACUAGUAAUGGACAACGUCAGACCAGGGUGGGCAAGCGUCGAUGGUCUUGAGAAAGUUAUUGACUGUCGCAGGAUCUUCACCGAUGACGAAGUGCAACAGUGCAGCUUCCUUCUGGAGAGAUGCAGUGAUGGUGACGGUCACAACUCCAACAGGUUCCGCUGCCGUCUUCAAUUCAUCCCGGAAGGAAACGAAGAUGCACAAACCACCUACGUGUCAGUCUUGACAGACGAGCCCCUACCGCUCAGUCCAAAACAAGACUUUGCCGUCAGACCCAAAAGGCCGCCGUGCUUGCCUGUAGGGGCGAGGAAGGAACUCUGCCGGCUUCUGGACCCCAGUAACCCACUGGGGAACGACUGGAGAAUGCUCUCCUGUGAGUUAAACUUGCAACUGGAUAGCUACGACAUCCAGCUGUUUGAAGAACACAGUGACAAGAGGAGCCCAACUUUCCAGAUCCUAACGCUCUUUGAGCUGGACUAUGGGCAUCUCCCCCAGGUGCAACAACUUCAUGCUCUACGCAAAGUGCUGGCAGAACCACCGAUGGGCAGGCCGGACGCGUCCCGACUUGUAGAAAACGUAAUUUCUCAGCACUUUGCCGAGGAUGGUGCUACUCCAUCCGUAGCACAUGAUCACGACCAGCACUGCGACCCUGCAGCAUCUAACACAAUGUCCAGGCUGACAGGCGACAGGUAUUACUCUCCAUACGCUGCACCUUGUGCCGUUCAACCAAAAAUACCCACAGCAACGAACAUGCGCCCGGACCCGCUUACUACCAGUAGCACAGCUAACACGUCCCAACUGGAUGAUGCACCAGAAGAGACAACGUUGAAGAAGACUCAUCUCCCAGAGACUGACAGUGACCAAGCAUGCAAACAAGAGUCCCAAAGUACUGCGGUAUGCACACCUCUCAAAGUACCGGAUAGAAACGCUAGCUUAGCCACCAGUCAGGUAGAAGAUACGCCAAGUCAUACUGGUGCUACUGCUUCAACCAAGAGGAUGCAAGUCACAAAAUCGGACGAUGAACUGAUCAUUGUGGAGGAAGAGCGCAUCAGAAGUGAAGACGAUGUAGAGUUACUUUCAUCUGAAGAUUCACCCAACUGGACGGAUGACAAGAAGCUUAAGAAGAAGCAUGAUGUUGUUGACACACACACGUAUGGUGACCUAGGUAAGGAAUGUCUUGCCCGAUCCAGAACAGGGAUGCAUCCCAUUGAGGAAGAAAGUGUAUCUCUCCUAGAUGAAACUGAUGCCUAGUAGUCUUCUUUAAGAUUUUGAAGUUUAAGAUGAUGAAGUUUAAACACUGUAAUUUCAACACAAGACCUUGAAGGUAAGCAAAUUUUCGACGGAACAACUGUCAACUUCUUUGUCAAGAAACGAACAAUCCACCACUUCACUUCUGUUAUGCAAAAUUGACACAAGUGACUUGGUGAGUUGAUGGUCACACAUUGUAGUACGAUACAUUCCAGGAAUUAUUGCCAUGUCCUACUACCAUAUCUGCUUACUAGGUCAAUUUCUGUACACCUUAUUUCAUAAGC